UCCAAAAUAUACCGGAUAAGUUCGUGUCAAGUUUGGAGGAUGUAUUUCCUCAGGAAUACGGGGGAACUCACUACACACAUUUUAUUUAUUCAACUUAUUAUUUUAUGAAAUUCAACUUUAUGUACGGGAAAAAAGUUAUUAGUGUUGAUAAGCAUUUAAAAAGUACGGAGAUAAAUUUGAAAGGAUAUUCAAUUAAAGUAUGUUUGACAGAGGACACUUUAGGUCAGACCUCUUCAAUGGGAUCAUGGCUUCAACAGUCUUUCCUUCUCUGGCAGACGUGUUUACUGAGGCUAUUUUAACUGAGGAUAUAUUUCAGUCUUUAGACCAGGUGUCCAGUAGGACCAUGUCCGAAACUAUGGAAGCUGUGAAAGGGUUAAAUGAAAAUGACUUUCUAAAUCAACAUGUGCUUAAUGAAGAGAAAGCAGAAGUUAUCAUAGCAGGGACAGUCGACUCGAGCAUCCAAGAGCUGACGCAGCCUGAUGAUUUAAUGAUACCUUUAAUGUGGCCAAAUGUGUAUGGUGACCAAGGUGGUGAAACUCUAGUCGUUGAAUACGAAAUAGAGGUCCCUCCUGAAGAAACGGAAAUGAUUUAUGCAAAUUCACCCGGUUCUGCUGGCGAUAUUUCAGAUUUCUCUUCUGAACCUGAGAAUGACAGCAGCUGUGGAGGCAGUGAUGGUAGCAGUCCAAUGAUCUCAUACAGUAAAGUAGAAGUAAAAACUGAACCAGGCUUAGAUGAGCAACGUCAGGCAGCCCCGUAUCUACCAGUGCAGGCAAUAUUAUCUCCAUACGAAGAGGAAGAGUUAGAAGACAGUUAUGAUGCAGUUAUUCGCCAUAAAAAAAGACGGAAAAGCGAUGCAGAAUAUAUUGCUGAUGGUAGAAAAAGACCUGGUAGAAAGAAGGGACAAACGUCAAGUGUGUAUCAUCUGUGGGAGUUCAUCAGAGAUCUGUUACAUGAUCCUAAACAGAGAAUAAUUAAAUGGGAGAACGAACAAGAAGGCAUUUUCAGGGUUGUAAAGUCAAGUGAAGUAGCUAAACAAUGGGGCAAUAUGAAGAAAAAUAGAGAGAAAAUGACAUAUGAAAAACUGAGCAGAUCGUUACGGUAUUCAAGAAAAGAAGGAUAUUUUGAAGAUGUACCUAAAGAUGAAGGCUACCCUAAAAAACUUUGUUUCAAAUUUGGACCAAAAUCUCAUGGAUGGAAAAGAUUGUGAAAAGUGAAUGCAAUAAUGUGAAUCAAAGAACAUGUAAAAUGUGAAACGAAUGGAAACAGCAUGUGAAUCAAAAGACAUAUAGGGCUGUGUAUGGCAGCGUGCCAAGAUGAUGUGUGGUACUGUUGAUGUUGAAUUAUGAAAAUGUGAUAAUAAACUGUGCAAUUUGUAUCUACAAAGCACCUGUUAGUGAAACAUUUAUAUCAUAAUCACGGUUAUUACAAUUAACCAAUCAAAACAUGAGUCAGGAAAUACUUAAAAAGUGGCAAAAGUGAAGGCAACAUUUCAUAGUCUAAGUCUAUUGUUAUGUUACUGUAUAGCACUUAUUAGUGUGGCUUGUCGUGAGACAUCUAUCAUUAUCAUCAAUUAUCUUAUAUUAACAUAGGAUAACACAUUUGUAUUGUCAUUUUAAUUUGAUACCUGUGAAAAAAUAAAAUGUGAUAAACAUGAUAAAUAACAGCAAUAAACACUGCUGAUAAACAUGAUAAAUAUAAU